AUGCAUUACCUUCGAAAAAGAUAUAAAAUCAACAAAAAACGAGAUCCAAUUUGGUUAUACAAACCACUUAAAACAACAUUACAAUUUAGAGAUUGUAAAUGUAUAGAUUUAUUCAAAUUACUUAUCUUUUUUAUAUUAUUGUAUACAUUAUUAUUUAUUAUGGUUAUAUGUUUUAUGAAAUUAGUUUUAUACAAAAUUAUUGAUGCUGAUAAACCAUAUUUAACUGGAAGUUACUCGUCGUUACAAAAUACACCAGGUCUAUCAAUUGUUCCAGUGAUUUCAACUGAAAUGAAUCUAGUUGCGUAUAAAGAUGGUAAACCUGAUACUUUUCUUAUCUUUCAAGACAUGCUUAUCGCAUUCCUAUCGCAGUAUGAAUAUUACUCAUACACAGGAAACAAUUUGCGCGAUUGUUUAGUGCAGAAUGAUUCCCAAGCUUUAACUUAUGGAACAUUAGUUGAAACAAGCUGCCUUUUCAAUUUGGAUUGGUCUUAUGCAUGUAAUAUCAACAAUUAUUUUGGGUAUGACAGUGGAUCCCCUUGUGUAAUAAUUAAACUUAAUCGUCUCUAUGGUUGGUUGCCUGAUAUACGAUCAAAUGAGAAUGGGAUUAAGAUAUGUUGUAAAGGAGCUAAUCCAAAUGACGAUAUUCUUUUAGGUACAAUUUGUCUGUAUGAUGCUUAUAUACAUACAGAAGAAGGAUGUGGACGGCAAUGCGCUUUUAUUCCUCAUCAAUAUUUUCCAUAUUUAAACCAAGAAUCAUACCAGUCUCCGUUAAUCUUUCUUCAAUUUCAAAAUGUCAAGAAAAAUGUUUUGAUACAAAUCCAUUGUGAGACAGUAAAUUUGCCUAAUAAGAUGAGUGUAAAUUUUGCUCUUCUGGUGGACUAGAGUAUAGUGAUACAUAGUUAAAUAUA